GACGUGAAGCAACGGAAACGAGAACAAACGAACAUCUCGUACCGCCAUUUGUAACCUUGCAUAAAACACAGUAUAACAUCUCAGUAUUUAGUAUCUGUUCCUGAGACUGCAUUCUGUGCCCACCAUGUUGGUGAAUUACAGUUUGCUCUUCUUAAUGUUUUGUUAUGUUAUCUGCAAACGAGACCCGGCGUCAGAACAAUUGAACAGCUACAAAUUUUCAAACCAUGGGAAGUCCCACAUUAUGACAGGUUAUGGCGUGCCGGUCUACAGUAAGGAUGCCAGCUUGACUGUUGGGCCCCGUGGCCCCAUGCUCCUACAGGAUGUCGAAUUUCUGGAUGAAUUAGCUCACUUCGACCGUGAGCGUAUACCCGAGAGAGUAGUUCAUGCCAAGGGGGCAGGAGCUUUUGGCUACUUUGAAGUGACCAAUGAUAUCACUCGGUAUACAAAGUCCACUGUUUUUGAAAACGUUGGCAAACGGAGCCCAAUUGCAGUGCGGUUCUCAACUGUUAGUGGGGAGAGUGGUUCUGCUGAUACGAUCAGGGAUCCUAGAGGCUUUGCAAUAAAGUUCUACACAGAUGAUGGCAUAUGGGACCUGGUGGGUAACAAUACCCCUAUUUUCUUCGUCCGGGACCCGCUGAUGUUCCCACUGUUUAUUCACUCCCAGAAGAGGAACCCUGUUACACACCUGAAGGAUGCAGACAUGUUCUGGGAUUUCAUCUCUCUACGCCCUGAAACUACACACCAAGUGAUGAUUCUCUUCUCUGACCGUGGAAUUCCAGAUGGAUAUCGGCACAUGCAUGGUUAUGGCUCUCACACGUUCAAGAUGGUCAAUGCUAGCAAUGAAGCUGUGUACGUAAAAUUUCACUACAAGACAAACCAAGGUAUUCGGAACUUAUUUGCAGAAGAAGCUGCAAGUCUUACAGCCAGAGAUCCAGAUUAUGGGAUACAUGAUUUACACAAUGCCAUUGCAGAUGGUAAUUUCCCUAGUUGGACACUCUACAUCCAGGUCAUGACUUUCGAAGAAGCUGAGAGGUUUCGUUGGAACCCUUUUGAUCUCACCAAGGUGUGGCCCCAUGCUGAGUAUCCACUGAUACCUGUUGGCAAGUUGGUUUUGAACCGAAAUCCAGCUAACUACUUUGCAGAAGUGGAGCAAAUGGGUUUCAAUCCAGCCCACAUGAUCCCAGGCAUUGAACCCAGUCCAGACAAAAUGCUACAGGGUCGACUGUUUUCAUAUGCUGACACACAGCGCCAUCGUCUUGGUGCCAACCAUCUUCAAAUUCCAGUGAACUGUGCAUUCCGAACUCCCGUGACAAACUACCAGAGAGAUGGGCCACAAACAUUUCGCCACCAGGGAGGGGCACCAAAUUACUAUCCCAACAGCUUUGGUGGACCAGAUAAUGCACCAGGACUUCAGAGACCGAAAUUUUCUAUCUCAGGCGAUGUCAGCAGAUACAAUUCCUCAGAUGAAGAUAACUUUAGUCAACCAUCUCUCUUGUGGAGAAAAGUCCUGAAGACGGACGAGAGACACAGGCUCAUUGACAACAUUGCAAGCCAUCUUAAAAAUGCUGCAGAUUUUAUACAGAAUCGGACUGUGCACAUGUUCAGCCAAGUAGAUCCAGAAUUUGGAGUCAAGUUGACUGAAAGCCUAAAGAAGCAUGUGAACUUUCAUUGAUCUGACUGAUGCCAUGCCAUGUGAGCUGUAGCCUCCAUCAGCUUCAGAGUGAUGGGUCCAAAGCCAUCAUCAUCAGCUGUAGCCUUAAGGAAUAAAAGUUGCUCUUUCCAUAGAA